UAUCUCCUCCCCUCUCCUAAUAUUGGUAGAACUCUUAACACUCUUCUUAUUCUAUUUCUACUCUCCCACGGACUCUUCGUCCACUGCAAGCUCUCCGCCAGCGAGUAGAAGAAGCUCCUCCGCCACCUUCUCUCACCUCCAGGAACAGGUUACAGAAGACGUGACAAUGAGAAAGAGCAAGGAAAUAUGUGAGCAAAAAAGGAUUAUAAAGGAUAAUACAGUUGAUUGUUUUUCAGAUAUUCCUUAUAACAUUCUUUUGAAGAUUCUGAAUUUGCUUCCAGCUGAAUUACUCCGGUACAAAUAUAAGUAUGUUUGCAGGCGAUGGUUCAAUCUAAUCACCAACUGGAUCUUGUUCGACCAGGCUUCUUUAAUCGUCCAAAAGCCAUCCCAUGGGAAACAUCUAUACGAAACGCGUCUUCUGGAUAUCAGUGAAGUCAGACUCAAGGAAUUCAAGUUGGAGAUGUAUGAACAAGUUAUUGACAUACCUUGUAGAGGACGUAUUAGGUCUUGGUGUAAUGAAUUGCUUUUGAUAGCAGACACAUCUGAAUUUGGGGCACUCUAUAUUUUCAAUCUUAUCACCAAGGAAGGGUUUCAUCUUCCACAAUGUUUAGGCUCAGGCGACUGUGGAGGACAUUUUAGAUUGAAGUGCGGGCUAGUUCUUACAUUUGAUAAAUUCAAGAGAGUAUACAAGGUAUUGCAUGUAGUAAUCACAGACGAGUUGGUUCUAUGCGAGAUACUUGUUUCAGAACGCAACUCGUUGUCUUUCAAUCACUCAAAGUGGAAAAAAAUCGACGGACCUGCUCAGAUAGGGGAGAGGAAGUAUUACUGGUCUGACCCUGUUUCUGUUGAAGGGAGGUUUCUUCAUUGGGAUGUUAAUUCUGCUGAGUACAUACUCUCCAUGGAUAUAAUUAAAGAGAGGUUUCAAGAGACGCAUCUUCCAGAAUUUGGUAAUGGUAAUUCUUCAUUGAGCACCUCGUAUGAAUUCGUAGAGAGGGAUGGCCUAUUAUGUCUUCUACAUCCAAUUUCUGCAACCCAAGUGGACAUGUGGAUUUUGAAGGAUUUUCAUAGAGCAAUAUGGGAGAAACUACAAUCUAUAAGAAGCUUAAGCUAUUUGUCUGCAAAGAUAUCUCUGUGUAAAACUCAUCCUGUUCCCCUUACUUUCUUUAAAAAUGGUAGCAUUAUAAUCUUCAGGAAAGCGGGGUCUGAAUUUGGUUAUUUUGCUUACUAUUUGGAAUAUGAUCGUUUGGUAAAGCUAGAGAGUGGGAUUAAGCCCGACGAAUGCUGGUUGGUUCAGUCAAAAAGCCUUGGAUUUUAGAUGAAGUUAUGGCAGUUUUUUAACUUGGAGGGAAGAAAAUUAGUGGACUACUCAGUCUACAACUUUAUUUUGCCAUUCUGGGAAUGUUUUGUAAAUUGUCACCCUUUUAAAACCAUUUCUUAGGCUAUUAUGGGAGUUGAGAUGCUUUUUUGUUUCAGUUAAAUUGCAGUGAAAUAGAAGGAUAUGUCUCCAAAAAUUAUUUGGACUUAA